AAAAAUGAUUCCAUAGAGGAGUUCAAUUCAUAUUUAUACAGAGUACUACUAGUUUCUCUCUCUCUCUGUCUUUCUCUAUUUGGCUUUCAGGCUUAUCUCUCUCAGUGACCCUCUUUGUCUCUUUGUAACAGAACAUCGAAUAAGGAGGAGGAGGAGGAGGAUCAUGGCAAUGGGUACGGAGAAGGUAGAGGAUGGACCUACUGCUUGAAUUUUGGCGGGCACAAACGGUCUCUUUCAAUGAUUUGUUUGUCCAGUGUGGGUUCCCCAGUUUCCUCUCACCACUGACCCAUCUAAUCAAUCUUUGCAACUUGCUACAAUCUCACCUCACUUCCCAUGAGAGAGAAUUUUCCAUUCCUAAAGUUUUGAUUUUUACCAUUGAUGAGUGACUUAAGUGAGUGAGUGAAGGACUCGAAGAAGCUCAGAGAUCUCUCAGAUUGUUUGUCAAGAUUGUUUUUUUUUUUGUAUAAUUAAUUUAAGUUUCCUGGAGGAGCUGAAGGAGAUCACAGAUCCUCUAUUCAUAUGAAGAGAUCUUUCCUUCUCUUGUAUGUGCUCCUGGUACAAGCCUUCUAUGGUGCUUGGUGUAAUGUUGGAGGAAGCCUGCAUUGUGAAUAUUCCAAUUUAGAGAACCUUCACCGCCCUCAUAGCGUAUCAAUUACAGAGUUUGGAGCGGUUGGAGAUGGGGUGACUCUAAACACUAAAGCCUUUCAGAAUGCUUUGUUCUACCUCAAUUCUUUCUCUGAUAAAGGCGGUGCCAAGCUUUUUGUUCCAGCUGGUCAGUGGCUUACCGGGAGUUUCGAUCUUAUCAGUCACCUCACCUUAUGGCUAGAUAAAGGUGCAACGAUUCUCGGGUCAACGAGCUCAGAGAAUUGGCCUGUGGUUGAUCCAUUACCAUCAUAUGGACGUGGAAGAGAAUUACCCGGUAGAAGGCAUAGGAGUCUUAUCUAUGGUCAGAAUCUCACAGAUGUAGUCAUAACAGGCGAGAACGGGACAAUCGAUGGUCAAGGAAGUAUAUGGUGGGAUUGGUUUAGAAAUGGAGAGCUAAACUAUACAAGACCUCAUCUUGUUGAGCUCAUGAACUCUACUGGUCUGAUCAUCUCUAACCUCACAUUCCUGAAUUCGCCAUUUUGGAACAUUCAUCCUGUUUAUUGCAGAGAUGUUGUUGUAAAGAAUCUUACAAUUUUGGCUCCUCUUGAAUCUCCAAAUACAGACGGAGUUGAUCCAGACUCAUCAACUAAUGUGUGUAUAGAGGAUUGUUACAUAGUUACCGGAGAUGAUUUAGUGUCGAUAAAAAGCGGAUGGGAUGAGUAUGGAAUAUCCUACGCAAGACCGAGCUCCAAGAUCAAGAUCAACCGGUUAACAGGUCAAACUACUUCAAGCUCAGGAAUCGCAAUCGGAAGUGAAAUGUCAGGAGGUGUAUCCGAUGUAUAUAUCAAAGAUUUACAUUUGUUCAAUUCGAAUACUGGAAUUAGAAUCAAGACUUCUCCAGGAAGAGGCGGGUAUGUCAGAAACGUUCACAUCUUGAACGUGAAGCUCGAUAAUGUAAAGAAAGCGAUAAGAUUCACUGGUAAGUACGGAGAACAUCCUGAUGAUAAGUUUGAUCCCAAAGCACUCCCCACUAUCGAGAAAAUCACGUUUGAGAAUGUUAAUGGUGGUGGAAUUGGUGUUGCGGGUCUUCUCGAAGGUAUAGAAGGAGAUGAGUUUAAGAAUAUAUGUUUCCUUAAUGUCACUCUUAUAGUGAAGAAGAAUUCAAAGAAAUCUCCAUGGCAAUGCUCAAAUGUUAGAGGUUAUUCACAGUGGGUAUCGCCGGAAAUUACUUGUGAUUCUUUGAAAGAGAGUAUAUUCCCGGAACAUCAAGCUGAUUGUUUUGGGUUAUCGGAAAAUAAUAUGGAGAUAUCAAGUGGUUUAAAUAGAUCACCAUGGUUACUUUCUUGGUAAGUUACUGUGAAGUUUUGAACAUCAAAGAGAAAUGAAAAGAAAAUACAGUUUGCUUGAUUCUAUAGAAACCUCUUUGAGUUCUCCUUCCAAUUUUCCCUUCAGAGGCUUCGUUUUUCAAAGUGAUGAUGCUUUCUCUUUUUUUUUUUUUUUUUUCUUUUUUUGCUGUUUUCUUGUAAUUUGUAAAUUUGUGUGCAGUGAGAAAAAAUAAUCAGAGUGGCUUAUGAGUUUUCUUUUUUUUCUGUUUCUGUUUCUUUUUGUUCUAAUGCUUUGGUGAGCGGAACCAAGUGUAAUAUCUCCGACAGAGUCUUUUGACAUUUUUUUGACAGUUAUUUUUCGAUC